GUUGGCAGAGGAAAACAAAAGAUUUGUUUAAUUUUCUUGGGUUUGUGCCAUGUUUCGGUCAUCACUCAUCACCAUCGUUGUUCUUAGUUAAAUGCGGUGGUUUUCCGCUCAUCUACUUCACCCAACUCUACUCAUAUUUUCCAUAAAUUUAAACCAAUCUCAUUGUUGAUUUCUUCGUACUCUUCUUUACUUCUCCCUCUCAUCCUCAUCCCUGUUCCUCUUGCUAACUCCGUCUCUCCUUGUUCAAAUCACAGCCUCACUCUACCCGUCUUACAAUCAUUCCUUUUUCCUUCUCCUCACUCUUUAUUAACCAUAGCCAACCUUAUUCAGAUCCAAAACAAGUAAAAAUGGAGCUUAGCUUUGUUGAAAAUCUAAAGGGUCAGCCUUUAUGGGUUUUGCUGUUUUUCUCUAUUGGUUCUCUCUCGGUUCUGAAAUUUUUAAUCGCUUUUAUCAAAUGGGUCUUCGUCAAUUUUCUCAGACCGGCCAAGAAUCUGAAAAAGUAUGGUUCUUGGGCACUCGUUACUGGACCCACUGACGGUAUUGGGAAAGGCUUUGCCUUUCAAUUGGCUCGUAAAGGGCUUAACUUGGUGUUGGUGGGUCGAAACCCGGAAAAGCUCAAGGAAGUUUCGGAUUCGAUUCAAGCCAAAUUUGGUAAUACCCAGAUAAAGACUGUUGUUGUUGAUUUCAGUGGCGACCUUGAUGAGGGUGUUCAGAGGAUUCGGGAGACGGUUGAAGGGUUGGAUGUUGGGGUCUUAAUCAACAAUGUUGGGGUAUCUUACCCUUAUGCUAGGUACUUCCAUGAAGUGGAUGAGCAGCUUUUGAAAAAUUUGAUUAAGGUCAAUGUUGAAGGCACCACAAAGGUCACUCAAGCUGUUCUUCCUGGAAUGGUUCAGAGGAAACGAGGUGCCAUUGUCAAUAUUGGCUCUGGUGCUGCUAUUGUUAUUCCUUCUGAUCCUCUUUAUGCUGUUUAUGCUGCCACAAAAGCAUAUAUUGAUCAGUUCUCAAGGUGUCUCUAUGUCGAAUACAAGAACAGUGGCAUCGAUGUCCAGUGUCAGGUUCCAUUAUAUGUGGCAACAAAGAUGGCAUCAAUCAAGAGAUCUUCCUUCUUUGUUCCAUCAACCGAUGGCUAUGCUCGAGCAGCCAUGCGUUGGAUAGGCUACGAACCUCGCUGCACGCCUUACUGGCCUCAUUCCCUUCUCUGGGCUUUGGCAAAUACAUUGCCAGAAUGUGCCAUUGAUGCAUGGCGUCUGCCGUUUUGCCUUAAGAUCCGAAAGAGGGGACAACUCAAGGAUUCCAGGAAAACUGACUAAGAAAGUUACAACCUUUGCAUUGAUGUAGUUGGAGAACUGAGAAAUGAGCUUUGCAAUAGAUAGAUAAUGUGGUUAGAAUGUUUCUUCUGAAAAAGCUUGUUUAGAAAAGCAGUUUGUUUUGUUGAUUAAACUUCAGAACACUGAUUGUAUUGCUGCUGGGUAUUAAAUAUUGAUACUUCAUCUUA